CUGAAUGUUGGCAACAGUGUCGUGUCUGCCGGACCGACGGUCAUGCAAGUUAUCCUAUUUUUGCAACAAUUGUCUUCCAUGUCGCAAGUUGAAGCAUGCGAAUCUUUCUUCUCACUCUGCAAACUUCAAUCAGUAAGAUGUAGAAGCUGGAGAAGUGACAGACCGAAAUGUUGCGGACCAGGAUUGAAGUGAAGCAAGGGCUGGCAAUGGGACAUCCGAUGAAGCUCUUGUUUCUGGUAUCAGCGACCGGGCAGCCUGACAUAACGCGCAUGCAGGGUUCAGUAUGCUUACAUCUCCUUCCAAUACCCCCUCCAAAGCGGUCACUAUUGCAACGAAUCUUCUCGUCUCACACAAUGCCUGUCGAUCAGAUCUCCGACUCGCUGACCCCAGGCUUCAACCAUCCGGUGCCACCAUAUACAAAGCAGGAGGUCCUGGUAGCAUAUCUGCACCCAGCUCUGGCUCAAAGGCACGAAGUCAUCUGGCUUGCGAGAAGGUGUUAGGCAAGCGCCUUUGUGGGGAAGAGCGGUCGUGUACUGAGCCGAGGUACAUAGUUGAUGUGAACAGAUCCCGAUAUAAAUUGGGAUUCUUUUGAAUAUCGACUUGUGGGGGUCGCAAAGAUACA